AUGCGCGAGCUGGCCUACGACAUGGAGGACAGCAUCGACCUCUUCACCCACCACGUCGACCAUGAACCAGCUGAUACGGCUACUGGGGUGGUGAAGAGGUUCUUCCGCAAGAAGAUAAGGAAGCUCAAGAAACUACAUUACCGCCACAAGUUUGCUAAGGAGAUCCAAGACCUUCAUGAUCUUGUCAACGAAGCGUACGAUCGUAGAAAGAAAUACACGUUUGAAGAGGGCAGCUCUAGCAUCUACACGGAGAUCGAUCCUCGGGUACAUGCACUCUAUGUGGAGGUGGAAAAACUUGUUGGCAUCGAGGGCCCAAGCCAGGAGAUCAUUGGCCGGCUCGUUGGCAAAAACCCAUCGCAGCGAAGGAGGGUUGUCUCCAUUGUUGGACCUGGAGGUUCAGGCAAGACUACUCUUGCUAAACAGGUGUACGAAAAAAUUAAGAGUCGAUUCUCUUGUAAAGCUUUUGUGUCCGUUUCGCAAAAGCCCGACAUGAACAACCUUCUACGGGAGUUGCUAUCUCAACUUGGAGGCUCAGGAUCGAUGGCAAUGGAAUCUCGCAGCGACCAACAAUUGCUCGACCAACUAAGAUCAUAUCUUGAAAAUCAAAGGUAUCUUGUUGUGAUUGAUGAUGUUUGGACAAAGUCAGCGUGGGAAACCAUACAGUGUGCUCUUCCUGAAAAUGCCCAUAUAAGUAGAGUAAUCGUGACAACACGUAACAAAAGUAUAUGUCAGUUCUGUUGCACUUCAGAUGAGGGAUUUAUUUACCAAAUGAAACCUCUUAGCAGAAGUGAUUCUGAAAAUUUGUUUCUCAAAAGAACAUUCUGUAGUGGAGAUAAGCUUCCUGUUCAGCUGGAGGGGAUUAGAAAUGAGAUACUUAAAAGAUGUGAUGGUUUGCCAUUGGCUAUUGUUACUAUAAGCAGCUUGUUAGCUACUAAACCGAGAACAAAGGAAGAAUGGGAGAGGGCACUUAAUUCUCUCUGUUCUGUGCGCGAAAAAGAUAGUGGAUUGGAAGUAAUGGAUAAGAUAUUGUCUCUGAGUUACAAAGAUCUACCUCACAAUAUGAGAAAUUGCUUAUUGUAUCUCAGUACAUUUCCAGAGGAUUAUAUGAUUUCCAAAGAUAUCUUGGUAUCGAGAUGGAUAGCUGAAGGUUUUAUCACUAAGAAAGAAGGCUUUACUUUGAAGCAAGUUGCCGAGAGUUACUUUUAUGAGUUCAUAAAUAGGAGUUUGGUCCGCCGUGUAACCUCGAUUCCAAGAUAUCAAAUGCACGGAGAAGAAGGAUGUCUAGUCCAUGAUAUUGUAUUGAACUUCCUCUUGUCUCGGUCGGCUGAAGAGAACUUUUUAACUAUGUUGGAUGGCCAGGGCCUUCCAUCUUCAGAUCAAAGGAUACGUCGUCUCUCUCUCUGGAAAAAUCCAGGAUAUGCACUGCAAAUAUCUCGAGGGGACAUGAAUCUGUCUCAUCUCCGUUCAUUUAGUAUAUGCAGAGGUAGCUUGAAGAUGCCUCCAACGUUUCACCUACCUUGUCUUCGAGUUUUAGAUCUUGAGGGAUGCGGAUCUUUCAAGAAUGUCGACCUCAAUUGCAUUUUGAGUUUAUUUCAUCUGAGAUAUCUAGGGUUCCGUGGAACAAGCGGUGUCAUGCUACCGGUUCAAAUUGGGAAUCUACAUUAUCUGCAGACUCUCGAUGUGAACGGAACUGGAGUAACACGCCUGCCAGAAAGUACUAUUCAUCUCAAGCGACUGAUGCGUCUUGUUGGCCAGGGACUCAUCAUGCCAGAUGGCUUUGGUAACAUGGAAUCCCUCGAGGAGUUAGGGUCUCUUGAUGGCCGCAAUUGCUCCAUAUAUUUCGGGGAAGAUCUAGCACUUUUGAGCAACUUGAGGGUGCUCCAAGUGAGGUUCUUGGGCGGGGUCAGAACAAGUAAUGGGGAAACUAGAAAAGAAUGUUUGAUGACAUCCCUCCACAAACUUGGAGGAAACAACCUUCGAGAUGUCAAAAUUGAUGAGUAUGAUGGUCGUGCAGAUUGUUUUGUGGAUUCUUGGUGCCCUCCUCCGCUCCUCCUCCAAAAGUUUAUUCAUGAUGGUCAACACUGCAGGUUUCCAAAGUGGAUCAGUUCCUGUCUAUGUGAUCUCACCUACUUGGAUAUACGUGUUCAAAAGAUGGAGAGGGAACAUCUACGUAUUCUUGAAGAUUUGCCGGCCAUUCGUUUCCUAUACCUUGAUGUGAAGCAAGUUACAGAAGAUGGACUCAUCGUCAGUUACGGUGCAUUUCGAAGUCUAACAUGUUUCCAAUUCUAUAAUAUAGAUGGACCUGGUUUGGUAUUUGAAGGAGGCAUGCGAAUGCUGGAAUGGCUUAGGCUCGAAUUCGACACAGAUAAAGCACUUUCAACAUAUGGCAGUUUGGAGGUUGGCAUUGGGCACCUCUCAAAUGUCAAACGUAUCGGUCUUACUAUCCGGAUUACUUCUGAAGGUGAAAAUGAUCCCGCGGAGAAGGCCAUCAAGUCUGUCAUCAGUGGCCAAGUAAAGAUGCUUCCCAACUGUCCCACGGUUGACAUCCGAUUUCGUAGACGGAGUCGGCUGGCAGGCACAGAAUAA